AUGAAGAGGGAAUACGUCACAGUGAAUGAGACGAGGAUAAGCACGGAUUUGGCACGAUUCGUGAAGCCGUGUAAUGAACUGUGGAAUAAACGUAGCAAAAUGAUCCAGCACAUUCCCGGCACUGAAAUUCUUCAUUCAAAAAUUUGGCCCAACCGCGGUUUGAAGUUAAUUGCAAGCUUAAUUCAGGAAUCUUUUGAGGUAAUGUCUGAACUGGAGAAAUGCCUCGUAGAGGAUUACGCACGUCGUGCGAAAACGUGCAAUUCGCCAUUCAGAUGCAUUGAUUCUAUAGGGACGAUCAAGCGUAAUGAAUGGAUUUGGGCAAAGCAAACGUGGACACGUUUGUAG